AUGCUCAAACCCAAGGACCUGUGCCCCCGAGCGGGUACGCGCACCUUCCUGGAGGCCAUGCAGGCGGGCAAAGUGCAUUUGGCCCGCUUCGUGCUGGACGCACUGGACCGCAGCAUCAUCGACUGCCGUGCGGAGCAGGGCCGCACGCUGCUCAUGGUGGCCGUGGGGUUGCCGGACCCCGCGCUGCGCUCGCGCUUCGUGCGAUUGCUGCUUGAGCAGGGUGCAGCCGUGAACCUGCGGGACGAGCGCGGCCGCACUGCACUCAGCCUGGCGUGCGAGCGAGGCCACCUGGACGCCGUGCAGCUGCUGGUGCAGUUCAGUGGAGACCCCGAGGCGGCGGAUUCGGCUGGCAACAGCCCGGUGAUGUGGGCGGCGGCGUGCGGCCACGGGGCGGUGCUCGAGUUCCUGGUGCGCUCCUUCCGCCGCCUUGGCCUGCGCCUCGACCGUACCAACCGUGCGGGCCUUACAGCGCUGCAGCUGGCCGCGGCCCGUGGCCACGGGACCUGUGUGCAGGCCCUCACCGGGCCAUGGGGCCGCGCCGCCGCAGCGGCGGCGGCCCGGGGUUCCAACUCUGACAGCCCGCCCGGCCGCCCGCCCCCCGCGCCCAGCCCGGAGCGUCGACGACCCAGCCCCCGCCGCCUCCCGCGGCCUCUCCUGGCUCGCUUUGCACGAGGGACGGGCGGCCAUGGCCACGGUGGCGAGGCUGGCUCAGCAGGCAAGAGUUCGGGGCGGCACCGGGCUCAGGGCAGUGAGCGACCCGAGCUGGGCCGGAGCAUGAGCCUGGCGCUGGGUGCGGUGACCGAGGAGGAGGCGGCCCGUCUACGGGCAGGGGCCUUGAUGGCCCGACCAAACUCGCCCCAGUCUUCAGGGACUGGGCGGUGGCGCUCACACGAGGUGCUAGAAGGAGCGCCUCCAUCCCUGGUGCAAGCGCCCAUUGGUCUUAGCCCCCACCCAGAGGGCGGCCCUGGCUCUGGCCGCCUGGGUUUGCGCCGACGCUCCACAGCACCAGACAUCCCCAGCCUAGUCGGAGAGGCGCCUGGGCCUGAGACUGGCCUGGAAUUAGAGGCCAACGCUCUGCCCCUCUCGGCCCCCGGGUCGAAGCCUUGGCAGGCAGGUACGGAGGCUGUGGUGCUGCAGGCUCAGCGGUAA